AUGCCGGCUGUAGUAGACCACGAGACGACGGGCGAACCGGCUCCCGCCCCCGAGUUGCCCCCGGGAGCCGAGCCCUUUGUAAUUCUGAAGCAAGAAGUCGAGCUCGAGGUCGAUUUUCGGAACCAGAGGAUCAGCGGCGUGUCGACGAUCCACCUCUUCGUCAUAGAACCGGACCUCGACGAAGUCUGGCUGGAUGCGCGGCAGUGCGACGUGGACGUUAAGAAUGUCACGGUAGACGGGUACAAGACCACCGCCUGUUUCUCGGAUCCCUAUGACCUCGCGCGAACGCCGCCUCCGUGGCAAAUCGGCGUAGCGCAACAUCACAUCUUGCGGAAGCGGAUGGCGCCUCUCAGGCCGGCUCGGCGACCCGAGGUCCCGAACAAAGACCGAGUGACUCUCCCGUGCUGCGUCCCCGCCGACCGCGCGCUCUCGGUCAGUCUACGUCCCGGCGGCAUGUACAAAGACGAGCCCCGGCGUACCCUUAAGAUCAAGCCUUUGAAGGCCGACAAGGAUGCCCCGCUCGACAGGCCCGACCCGAACGACGAGAAGAAUGGCAUUAAGAUUUCCAUUCCUUUUCGGUCAAAGAAUAUCCGCGACGGCCUCCACUUUGUUGGCGUCCAAGAAGGAGACUACCGGUACCCUCAUGUGUAUACACGCCACUCGCUUGAGCCCGGGACUGCGUCUUGUAUCUUCCCAUGUAUCGACGACCCCGGAUCGAGGCAUCCCUGGAAAAUCUCCAUCAAGUGCCCAAGAACGCUGGGCGACGUGUUCGAGCAGCCCUUGGGCACUCCGCAAGCAGCUGCCCCGAUCGCGAACGGCAACCGGAAGAGGAAGGCUGGCGAGCUCGCGGACGGCCCGCCACCGUACACUCCAACGCUGGCCGAGGAGGACAAGCUGAUGGAGAUGACGGUUGUCUGCUCUGGCAACCUCUCCGGCGAGCAGAUCGAUCCCCUGGACGAUAAGAAGAAGAUCAUGACUUUCGAGUCGCAGCUGUCGGCCGCCCAUCACAUCGCCUUUGCCAUCGGCCCUUUCGAGCAUAUUCAGCUGUGGUCCGAGUUCCGGACAGAGCAGGCGGACGAGAAGCUCGGCGCCAACGCUGCCAAAAUCCACGCCUAUUGCCUGCCUGGCCGCGCGGAUGAGGUGCGGCACACCUGCGGUCCGGUCGUAGCAGCUGCGGAUUUCUUCGCCCCCGAAUUCGGCCGCUACCCCUUCGAGAGCUAUAAGAUCUGCUUCGUCGACGACAUGGUUCAAGACACGGUCGGGGCGACCUCGAUGUCGCUCUGUAGCACCAGGCUGCUCUAUCCGGAAGAUAUCAUCGACCCCGAAAUCGAUGUCACGAGAAAGCUGGUGCACGCUUUGGCCAGCCAGUAUUUCGGCGUCCACAUCGUCCCGAACAAGCGGUCAGACAGCUGGCUGAUCGUCGGCAUCCAGUGGUUCAUGACGGACCUGUUCAUGCGGAGCAUCUGCGGCAAUAAUUGGUACAGAUUCCAUCUCAAGACCCUCUCCGACAAACUCGUCGACCUUGACGUCCACCGGCCAUCGCUCCACGACCUCGGCGAGCACCUGCACAUCGGCGACUUCGAGUUGGACUUCAUGUCUCUCAAGGCGCCCCUGGUCCUCUUCAUUCUCGACCAGCGUAUGUCCAAGGUCCCGGGCUCGAUGGGCAUUGCCCGCGUCAUCUCCCAGAUCGUCUCCAACGCGAACAUCAACGUGACCAUCGACAGCACUUCGCUCUCGGAUGCCGAGUUCCGCCGGGCGUGCGAGAAGAAGAGCCAGUACCGGCCCGACGAGCUAUGGGACCAGUGGGUACACGGCGCCGGCUGCCCGAGGCUACGCAUCAAGCAGAGAUUCAACAAAAAGAACCUUAACGUUGAUAUCUCCAUCGCGCAGGUGCAGACGAAAGACGUGGCGCCGAAGCCCAUUACAAAGGAGGACUUCUUGAAGGAGCUACUGGAAGAGGUCCACGAAGUGUGGGCUGGCCCGGUGCCCAAGCUCUUCACCGGUCCGUUUACCGUCCGCGUCCAUGAAGCCGAUGGUACUCCCUAUGAGCAUUACCUCUCUAUCACGGACAAGGACAAGGUGUCGACCACGCUACAGAUCGCGUACAACACCAAGUACAAGCGAAUGAAGCGCACCAAGAAGGCUACGGCUGCCGCCGCCACCAACGCUGCCGACAAGCACGAUAUCCAGGAGGACGACAUUGUCUACUUUAACAUGCUAGGCGACGUGCUCAUGACUCCGAAGGACAUCGAAGAUUGGGGCCUCCAAGAUUGGGACGAGAAGGUGCAGGCCAGCAUGGACCAGGAGUCCUAUGAGUGGAUCCGGCUCGACUGCAACUUCGAGUGGCUCUGCGAGAUGGUGACCGACAUGCCGGGCUACAUGUACCUCGCCCAGCUGCAGCAGGACAGGGACGUCGUCGCUCACCAAGAUGCCAUGCUCUUCUUCAGGCGAGGCAGGCGGCACGGUGUUGCCUCUACGAUCGAGACGCGGACGGCGAUGGACCGCCGCUACUACCACGGCAUUCGCACCAUGGCCAUCGACGACCUUCCGAAGCAGGCUGACCCGGCUCUCAACUACAUCGGCAAAGCCCAGCUCAUCUUGAUGUUCCGGCACUUCUUUUGCGAGCGGAUGGUCGGCAAGAACGGCAUCGUCACUUCCCCCCCUAUGCCCAACGAUUUUCACGACAGGGCACAGUACGCUGUGCAGUGUGCAAUUCCGGCCGCCAUUGCGCGCACCAGGGAGAACGGCCGCUGCUCGCGGCAGGCUCGCAACUUCAUCCUCGAGCUGCUCCUCUUCAACGACAACACCGAGAACGAGUAUUCCGACCAUUUCUACAUCGCGAAGCUUCUCGAUGCCCUCACGACCUCCAUCAUCCCGGACAAGAAGGACGGCGGGCGGGAUCUGUCGUCGGACCUCAGGAUGGACGAGGACGACGAUACUGAACCGAAGGCGUUUCUCGAAAAGGCCGUCGAAGAAAUCGACAAAUACCGCCGCAUGGACGAGUGGACGUCGACGUACCAGAACAUCUGGACGACGACUGCCCUGAACUGCAAGAUGCGCCUGAUGAAGGCCGGCGUCAUCGCCGUCGAUCCAAUCGAGUUCGUCCAGUACCUGCAAGACGGCAAUGCCGAUUUCGUCCGCAUCAAGGCGUUUGAUUGCCUCGUCGAGCUUGGGCUGCUUGCUAAGGCGUCAAUCAUGAAGCUGCUUCUCGCGUGCUUGAGCACCGAUCCUUCACCCUUCGUCCGCGAUCGUCUGUUCAAGAUCUUCUGCAAAGGCAUGGCGGCCAUCGCCCUGGGUGAAAACAAAGCGGCUCAGCCAGAGCCGGAAGCAAUCGUUGACGACAGCGGCUUGGUCGUCGAGCUGGGCGAGGCCGAAAUCUCGCAAAGAAAGCUCGACGCCACACGGAACCAGAGCAUCCAGCAGGCGCUCGCCGCUCUCAAAGAGGAGUUGAAAGGCAACACCGAGCUGCAAGCCGCCAUGUGGAAGGCUGUGGAGUCGCCUCUGAUCACCGUCAAGGAGAAGUUCGAGCUGCUGGCCAUGUGCUCGGCCAUGUUCGAAGCGGACGACUCUCUUCUCUUGACCUUCAACUAUCCAAAGGUCUGGCAGUGCACUAGGGAUUAUGCUGCUGAAGAGAAAUCGCCCGCGCGGAAGAAGUGCAUUAUCAAGUUCACCACUCGAUACCGCACUGCUCCUCGGCAUAAGCUCGUAAUGGACCAGCCGCCGCCGCCGCCGCCGCCGCCUCCCACCUGGGAGGCCAGGCCUCCGGAGACGAAGAAGAUCAAACUCAGCUCCAAGCCGUCCUUCAGUGGGCCUUCCAUCAGCGGCCAUUCCACUAACGGCCCGCCGACCCCUUCGCCGGCUGCUCGGAAGGACUCGAUCUCGGUUACGGUGCCUCGGCCGGCGCCGCCUGUGCCAGCCGUGCCCGCCGUGCCAGCCGUGCCCGCCGUGCCAGCCGCGCCAGCCGCGCCAGCCGCGCCAGCUGCGCUGCCCGCGUUACCCGCACCGCCCGCGCCGCCCGCGACAUCUGCCGUGGCCCCUUCAGACUCCAUCUCAGUCCAGCCUUGGGCCCGGUCGUCCAUGCCCCCGACAGCGUCUCCACACCCGCCUGCCGGGCCAAACGACCAGCAGCUGAAUGGCGCAGCGAAGGCGGCAGAGAAGCGCCCCAAGGCCCCUAAGAAGCGCAAGAGCGACGAAGGCGAAGGUGUCGACCGCCCCAAGAAGGUUGCCAGAGUGGAACACGGCGUCAAUGGCCGUCCGCGAAAGCUGGUCACUGUCCCAUUCAAAGCUUGGGAUAAACUGCCGAGCCGCAUUCUGGACAAAAUUCGCGCCGAGAAUGCCGCUCCCGCAGUCUCAUCCACCAUCGUCGCGACCCCGGCACUCGCCAAGCGCACCCCCCUGCCCGGGUACACCGAAACGCCUGCGCAAGUCGCCGCCGCCGUCCGCCCGGAGUGGCCGCCUGUGGCGGACGCGCGGCAGUCCUCGGGGCUCAACGGGAACGGGACGCCGUCGCCCCUCAAGAAGCGCAAGCCGCUGCCCUCUCUGUCUGCGAAUGUGGCCGAGGCGGCGGCACCGGCGGCGGUUGAGCGGCCUAAGAAGCUGAUCAAGCUCAAGGUGAAGUCGUCGUCGUCGUCGCAGGCGUCGCCGCCGCAGAUGUCGCCGCCGCGGGUGCGGUUCAAGGACGGACCCAAAAUUGUUCUCUUGCCGCCGGACGACAGCACCUCGGACGGCAGCUGA